CAGUGGCAUCGCAAUCGAAAGCAUCAUCGGUAGUCAAUACAGACAAGAAAUACUCCAUUUCUCAACGAACUAAAGUACGCUGUAAAACCAGCAAGCAAGCCUGCAGCUCGAAUUAAUACAGAAAGACCAUUGCUCCGAACGAGUCAAGCGACACCCAACAAUAUGGACGGCGACCUCUCCAACUUCGAGCUCGACAGGCUCAACGACAAGGAUAAGGAGCAGCUGCGCACAUUCCUUGCCAACGAGAACCAGAAGGCGCGCGUGCAGUCGACUGUACACUCCCUCACGGAUCUUUGUUGGAACAAGUGCGUCACCGGCGCCAUCAAGUCGGGCCAGAUGGACAAGAACGAGCAGAGCUGCAUGGCCAACUGCGCCGACCGGUUCUUGGAUGUCAGCAGCCUUACGAUGAAGCACCUCCAGAACAUGCGACAGGGUUGAAGGAGCAGGUAGAGAAAUUAGGGGAAACUACAAGCAAACCCAGAUGCGUUGUGAAGAACUCGAAGAUCACCCCCCAAGUGACUGCUAUUGUUGGAACACUUGUAGCAGUUUGGCAGCCAUGGUUGUCAGCUCGACCGAGUAUGUACUAUAUUGUACUUUGCUGUAUGACACAAAAGAACAUCAAUCAAAAUUCGUUCACAACAUGUAUGGAGA